AUGUCCAAGGCCAGAUCUUGUUCGUGGGGUCAAAACACAUUCAGAUGCAUCAGCAAUCACCAUUCUCUCUUGCAAGACAAAGAAGUGGAAGGUCUUCAAUUCCAGAAAGACAAUCAAUGGUGUAGAGUUCCAAUCAUUCCAGAGGCUCUUUUCAUUAAUGUUGGUGAUCAAGUGGAGAUAAUGAGUAACGGAAUAUUCAAGAGCCCAGUACACAGAGUAGUGACAAACUCAGAAAGGGAGAGGAUGUCUUUGGCAGUGUUCUAUAUUCCAGAACCAGAAAAAGAGAUUGGACCGGAUGAUAGGCUGGUCAAUGAGUCAUAG